GAGGGCAAAUCGAAGGAGUCGGCAAAAGUCCAAUAUGGCGCCCAGCUCAAAAUCUGAGAAAGAUGACAACAAACAAAAACAACAGAGAAAACACAAAGAUCACCUUAUCAAACUUCUCACGCGUGGACGGCUGAAUGGACAGCUCUCUCAGCGGUUCUUCCGGAAACUUCCUCCUCGUGUGUGUGUCCCUCUGAAAACCAUCGUCAGUGAGGAGUUCCUCAGAGCAGGGCACAUCUUCCUGGGCUUCACUAAGUGUGGUCGUUAUGUGCUGUCUUACACAAGUGACUGUGGAGAAGAUGACGAUUUCUCCUUCUACACGUAUCACCUGUACUGGUGGGAGUUUAACCUGCACAGCCGCCUCAAACAGGUGCAUCAUGUGCGAUUGUUUGCAGGUGAGGAUAUUUACAGUGAUCUCUAUUUGACUGUGUGUGAGUGGCACAAUGAUCAUUCCAAGCUGGUCGUCUUUGGCUUUAACACGCGUAGCUCCAGUUCAGCCCUGAUGAACAUGAUGAUGAGCGACGAGAACAACAGGGACAUUUACAUUACCAUCACCUCAAUGCCUCCAGCACAACCCUGCAAACAGUGCUGCCCCACCUCCUCUGUAUCUACCAUACGCACAGGAGGGGAGUGUCUGCAGCACGGUUAUGUUCUGAAUGCUCGCUAUCAGGUGGUUUAUCCGUUCCCAACGUUCCAGCCCGCACUGCAGCUGAAGAAAGACCAGGUGAUUCUACUGAACACCAGCUACUCUCUGGUGGCCUGUGCCAUCUCACUCUGUCCAGGAAAUGGGCAACAGGACGGUCAGAAUAAUCAGAUUCUGUACAGAAAGAGAGAAGUCCCUUCUUCUUCCUCCUGUUCUUCUACUCCUGCUGGACCUACCUCUCCAUCUUCAUCCUCAUCGUCAUCAGCCUCGUCUCAGGGGUCACCUGACUUCAGGCAUAUAAAGCCUCAUGUCUCUUCGUACUCUCCCGGCCAAUCACAGGCCGCUGUGCGAGCCAGAGAGUUUGCGGCUGAUAUUUUCCGCCGAGCUCAGGCCGGAGCAAGAGAUGGAGACGCUUAUGGACAAAAGAGAGAUCAUGACAGGUGCAAAGUCAAAGAGAAAGAAGAGGAAGACCGAGAUGUGGAGGUCCCCGGACCCUCUACCUCCUCUUCAGGACAGAAACAAAGUUUAGCUCCGCCUACAGAGGCGAAGGAAAGCGCAACGUGUAAAGCAGUCAUGUCUCCGGGGUCCACGUCCUCUGUGUCCUCUCAGUCUCCUAAUGCUCAUGAGUCUUCAACAUCAUCUUCCUCUCCAUCCGAGCCAGCUUAUGUCAACUACACCACUCUGAGAUACAGACUACAGCAGCCCGGAGCGUCAGAACAGACAAAUGGAGAGGAAGAUGAUAAAGUUCAGCUUCCGUUCACUGUGACCGAUCUAAAGGGGCGAAAUUUACAGCUGGUGACCGGACAAUACAGUGGUCAGUGUGUGUGUGUCGAGCAGCUGACGCUGGAUUUUGAGUAUCUGAUUAAUGAGGUCAUCAGGAAUGAUGCUGAUUGGGGCUCUCAGUUCUGCUCCUUCAGUGAUUAUGAUGUCGUCAUCCUCGAGGUUUGUCCAGAGACUAACAUAGUGGUGAUAAACAUUGGACUUUUACUGCUGGCCUUCUCUAACUGUGAGGAUGAACACUGCAGACCCAAGUCCUAUCACUCCAGUUUGCAGGUCAGUUGGGAUUUAAACACAGGAGCGUGUCGCACAGUUGGUGUGGGUGACCUCACCGAGGUCAAAGGUCAAACAAGUGGAAGUGUGUGGAGCUCUUACAGGAAGUCAUGUGUGAACACUGUCAUGAGGUGGCUCGUCCCAGAGAGCAGCUCACGCUACAUCAAUCGCAUGACCAAUGAAGCUUUGCACAAAGGUUCAUCUCUUCAGGUGUUAGCUGACAAUGACAGAGGCACGUGGAUUGUUCUUUAAGAGAGACGUCACACACACACACUAACUGCCCCAUCAAUGCUGCUGUGCUCUGGGACACACAGUGUCAGGACUAAAGAUAUGAUCAAACAGCCU